AAAAAAAGUAGCAGAAAAUCAUUAGAAAUGUUGCAAAGGGCAGCUAGCAAUGCAUAUUCAUGGUGGUAUGCUAGCCAUGUUAGGACUAAACAAUCCAAAUGGCUCGAACAAAGUCUUCAAGAUAUGGGAGAAAAGGUGGAAGCUAUGCUUAAGCUCAUUCAAGAAGAUGGAGACUCUUUUGCUAAGAGAGCAGAAAUGUAUUACAAAAGACGCCCCGAGUUGAUAAAUUUUGUCGAGGAAUCGUAUAGAGCUUAUAGAUCCUUAGCAGAAAGGUACGAUCAUAUCUCGAAAGAGCUACAGAAUGCAAAUACUACACUUGCCUCUGCAUUCCCAGAUCAAUACCAAUUUCCUAUAGAUGAUGAUGACGACUAUAAUUCUCCGAGAAAGCCUAAGAUAUUCAAAGACAGAUCGCCAUUUAACUCGAAUUCAACCUCAAACUCGCACAUCCCACAAGCACCGCCAAAAUUUCCUAGCAAAAAUAUUAAGGCUAUCAUUGCAUUAACAUCAAAAUUCAGUAAAGCCCCUCCUUCGAAGAAUGUACCAAAAUCAGGAGGUCAUGCUAAUCGAAUCCCGAAAUCUGGUCUGACAAUUGAUGAGGCUAUCAAUGAGAUUGACAAGCUUCAAAAACAAAUUCUUACGCUCCAAACUGAGAAGGAGUUUGCAAAAAGCUCUUAUGAAAGUGGGUAUGCCAAGUACUGGGAUAUUGAUGAACAGAUAAAUGGAACACAAGAUAAAAUUUCAAGAUUACAAGAUGAAUUUGGGGUCUCACAAGUUAUUGAGGAUGAUGAAGCUCGGAUUUUAAUGGCUGAAGCAGCUAUCAAAUCAUGCAAUGACACCUUGGCUGAGCUACAAGGGAAGCAAGAUAGAACUGCAGCUGAAGCAAAAGCCGAGUAUCAGAGGAUAAAAGAAGCUCGCAGCAAGCUGAAUUCUCUCAAGGGUGAGCUCCUUGGCAAUCAAACUGAUGCCUCACAGAGUGGAGAUCCCUUGAAAGCAGAAGAACCGACUACCAUUGACGAUGAAGCAGGGGGUGGUUUGAAAGAGUCAAAGGAUCUUGAAAUACUACAUCAAAAGAUUAAGGAGCACUUUCAUGUUGGUGAAACUGUAUCAUUUAGUGUCUUAGAAAUGGCUGAAAAGAUAGACGUGCUAGUGAAUAAAGUGAUUAGCCUAGAAUCUUCGAUGUCUACUCAAACGUCUCUAACACAUACAUUAAGGUUAGAAACUGAUGAGCUCCAGUCACAGAUUAAGGGCCUUGAAGAUGAUAAGGCAAACCUGAUUGGGGGAAAAACCACUUUGAGUGACAAGCUGGGCGAGAUGGAGAAUAAGCUGAGAGGACUCGAGAUAGAGGAGCUCCAUGCACAGAUUAAGAGCCUUGAAGAUGACAAGGCAAAUCUGAUUGCUGGUAAAACCUCUUUAAGUGACAAGCUAGGUGAGAUGGAGGACAAGCUGAGAGGACAUGAGAUUGAGGAGCUCCAUGCGAGAAUUAAGAACCUUGAAGAUGACAAGGCAAACCUGAUUGACGGCAAAACCACUUUGAGUGAUAAGCUAGGUGAGAUUGAGAAUAAGUUCAGAGGAGUUGAGAUUGAUGAGCUUCAAUCACAUAUUAAGAGUCUUGAACAUGACAACAUAAACUUGAUUGCCCUGAAAAGCACUUUGAGUGACAAGCUGGAUGAAAUGGAAAAUAAGAUAAGAAGACUCGAGGAAUCGCUCAAGUUGCAGGGAAGUAAAGGAUUUGCAGGAAACAUGGUUGUGGAGAAAGAGGUGAUGGAGGGUAGAAUGGUGUGCUCUAAUAUCGGUCAAGAUGGAAAAGAAAGUCCCGGAGAAACUGCUCUCGAGUUAAAGGAUGAAUCUGGAAUGCGUUCCAGGACAUAUAGUUUUCAACUAAAGAAAUCUCAGCCGAGCACUAUUGAUAGUGAUCAACCACAAGGAAAAUCAAACAACAACGAAGUGGAAGCAGUUGCAAGUCAGCUUAGAGAUCAUCUAAGUAAUCCCCAAGAUGAGCCAAAUGCACCUUUAUCCUUGCAACCUUCAGCACAAAAGAGAAAAGAAGACGAUGAGCCAGAUUGGCAGCAAUUAUUUACUAGUGGUUUGGAGGGAAAGGAAAAAAUUCUUUUAGAAGAGUAUACAGCUACUCUUCGAAACUACAAGGAAACCAAGAAGAAACUUUGUGAAGUGGAGACGAAAAAUCAAGAGAAUUUCUCAGAUAUUGAGAAACAGCUUAAUGAAUUAAAGAAUUCUCUUGACAUGAAAAAUGAAGAGAUCCACUCCUUGCGCCAGAGAAUGAUAAUUAUGCAGAAAAGACUAGAUGAAUACAAAAAUGCACAAGAGAAAGACAUGGAGUCACGUGCAAAAAAUGAAGAGUUUGAUGGUGAAGAUGAUAUAAGGCUUAUGUUUCCUGUUGAAGGAAAAGAGAUCUCACCGGUUGAACAAAAACUACGGGCAGACAUUGACCAAAUUCUUGAGGAAAAUCUGGAUUUCUGGAUGAGGUUCAGUGCUACAUUUAGUCAAGUCCAAAAGUUUCAGAAUGUAGUUCAAGAUUUACAGGCAGAAUUAGCAAAGGUUGAGAAAAACCAAAAUAAUACAGAAGGGAGCAACCACGGGGAUACUCACACAAACUCAUCUCUAAAAUCAAACGUCAGACCAAUAUAUAAGCACCUGAGAGAGACACAAACAGAGUUAACUGUCUGGUUGGAGAAAAGUGAAAAGCUAAAAGAAGAGCUACAGAAAAGAUUUACACAGUUGUGUCACAUUCAAGAUGAAAUAAAGCACGCUCUAAGCACAGGUGCUGAAGACAACAAUAUGAAAUUUACCAGCUUCCAAGCUGCAAAGUUCCAAGGUGAGGCAGCAAACAUGCAGCAAGAGAAUCACAAGGUAGCUGAUGAACUACAAGCCGGAAUGGAUUAUAUAACCAGUCUCCAGCUUGAAGUAGACCGUACCUUAACCAGGUUGAAUGACGAACUAGAAUUUUCUAGCUCACAAAAUCAAAAUGAAGCUGACGGGCCUGGAAGCCAAGCUCGAGUGCCAUUAAGAUCAUUCAUUUUUGGGGUUAAACCACCAAAGAAAAAGCAAUCCAUAUUUUCGUGCAUGCACCCAGGAAUGAUGCAUCGACGAUACCAUCAUUUAAAAGCCGAUAAAUCACCCUGGAUGUAA